AUGGCUGACUUUGUAACUCCUGUUGAUGAUGCCUUUGACGUCAGUUCCGGUAUCGGAGCUCCUCAGCACACAUCAACUCCUCUCCCCAAGAGACGUGCAGUGCCAUCCCUGACAAUACCAGUGCCUGACACAAACCAUCAUGUGCCAACUCUCUCCAGCCUCCACCCGAUGUCAUCCCCGUCCUACCUCCACCCAACAUGCAUCUCCAGUCCCUACAGCUUCUUCCCUUCCUAUUCUGCCACGUACUACACUCCUAGCUUCGGACCAGGUACCUGCACAGCUCCCAGCUAUCCGCUACUACCGAGUCCAUCAUUCCUGCCACCAAGUCCAUCCUACCUUUCAUCCCACCCGUUGGGGUGUUCGACUGUACCAGGGAGUCCAUCCUUCCUACCGGGGACGAUUUCAAGUCCAUCAAGCUCAAGUCUGUCCAUCAAACCAGAAUCGAUUCCAACCACCAGUGCUCUAACUACACCAACGCAGGGGCAUUCAAAGUCUGUGGACAUCAGCCCAGUCACAGAGACACGCCCGAUUGACUUCAAAUUGCCGUCUUGUUCCAGGCCCGAUAUUGGUAAAGCUGUUGAUGACAUCGUAGCGAAAACCCUUGGGGCAGAUCUGGCAACAAAGAGUACCAACAACGACCGCCAGUCAGCUCUUGAGAAGAGACUCCAGUCACUCAAGUCAAGGUUCCCAACAGAGGUAAAGGAACUAUCCAGCUUCCUUGCCUUCCAUUCCUCAUCUAUUCAGAAGGAACAUCAACAGUGUCUACAAGAUGGAUUCUUCCCAACGGACUAUCACAAUUGGCUGACCACAAGAUACAAUGAUCAACUGCACCUGGUGUUCACAAGCAUCGAGAAAAGUGUGACCACCCUCGAGAACCAAGGCAAGAUACUGGCCCGUCCUGCCAGCAGAAACCUCAGUCCUGAAUCAAUCGUCUUGAUGGAGAAGUGGUACCAUGAACAUCUCAACAACCCCUACCCCACUCAAACAGAAGCUGAAGACAUGGCCAACAAGGGGGCAAUUACCCUUUCUCAAGUACGAAAGUGGUUUUCCAACAAAAGACACAGGACCAGGAAUCCCAGAUCUGUCAAAGCUGUAGUUGCUGCCAAACAGUGUGAAGAGUUCCUGUCUGGGAUAUUUCAGAUGUAA